CUUUUCUACCGCCGAGUUUUCUUUUCUUCCCAUCUAUUUUGUGUUCUUUCCCUCAUUCUUCCGCUCUUCUCGCCCUCCUACUUACCUCCAACAGUACCAGGGCGAGACAUGACGGUCUCCGAUACGGACGAAGAUUUGCAAUGGUUCCGACCUUGUUCAUCCCCAGGAUCGCCGUCUAUAUCCGAGACGUUCUCCAUCCGCCCCCUCGUAGACAAAAAACGCCAGAAGUAUAUUUUCUGGGAGGACAUAGAGCAAGGCUGUGGCAGCAGCAUCCGUUACGUUGCGGACGGUAGAGUGAUGGUGCCAUUCAUGAGAGGCGAAGAUGACGAGCGCCUUACUCCGUGGAGAAUUCUCUAUCAUCCGGGUGUAGAACUCAACGUCGUUUUGCAGAGCGCAGACCAACGAAGAGAAACUGCAAAUUUUUCGCAUUUGCAGACAUACUCGAAGCCAUCAGAUUGUGCUCCCCGCCCAAGUAGCUCCAGCCCGGCCGAGCCAACCACCACCGCCACAGCCAACGUGGGUAUCCGCCGGCCUCUUGAGGCAGCCGGCUGUGUCGUUCAGACUACGAGUGCCACUUCUGAACUGCAGGCCGCCACCAGCUUCAAAGGACAGGACUUGGUCAACAUCGUCACACUAAAAAAUCUUGCCAACUUGAGCCUGGACACCGACAACAUCCAACAGAACGAGGUCAUACAAGGCAUACGUCAACUGCUACUUCGUGCGGCCGACAACGAUAGAAAUUUGGGAGUGCUCCUCACGCAAACUUAUGAACUCCAUGAGUAUCCGAUACCUCGGCUUUUCGUCGUUCUUCCUAAAACGCCAAGCUUUCGCGAUAAAGUCGCCAGCCCAGCUACACAUCAAUUCCGAUUAUAUUUUCUGUGCGAGUGCGGUAGUCAUACCAUGAAAAACAACAGCAGGGUUUCACACGACAUACACUUUGCGAAGCAUGAAGGAUACGACCUGGCCCGACCCACUGAAUUCUUUGAGAAGUACGGACCGUACGUUGUGGCAAUGCUGCAAUUGAUCAAGCUGGGGUUCAUCGUCUUAUCGAUUGCUGCACCAGCUUUAGCCCAUCUCGACGCCUCGGAUCAGGUUGAGCAGAUACAGAAGGCCAUCGAGGAAGGUGGGGAAGGAAUGCGGACGCUGCUGGGCAACACGAUCAAUUCGAUACAGCGACUGACGGGCGACACAUACGACGAGAUUGCCACGGUUGCCGACCUUGAAAAGUUGGAGCCUCUGAAAGGCCACGAGCUGAGGCAACUCGAAUCGUACCUGAAGGAUCAUGAUCAGAAGCGAGCCCUUGGAAACCUUACUCGGAUCGUUGUUGCUGGUGGACACGUCAAGUGGGUUUGCAGCGAUCAUAGAGGCGACUGCCAGAGUUUAUCUCAAAGGCGACUGAGGGAAGUUGUGAGGCUCAACGGCGGCAAAUUGUCCAUGGUGGGAGGCAGAGUCGUCAUCACCAUUUCCUCCAAGACCAUCGCGAAGGAGUUUUACGAGUCGAUGCUCAUGGCAAGUGGUAUUCAUGAACUGGAGAUAACGAUGGCCUGGGCCGUGACCUUCGGAGACCUUCGAUCAUUUGCCGCCGCACUCGAGCGGAUGAAUAUUAUUUGUUUGACCAUGGAUGGGAGAUAUCUCAAGAAGCCCCUAAGCGAUGUCCUCAACAGAGGCUGCCGGUUCGAUCCCAUUGUAAAGCUCAUGACGAACGGUCAUACUAGAAGGCUGGCGCUUAGGAUGAUUGACAAAUUUUACGUCCGAAUUGGCAGCUCCCCGAAAAUACAUGCUCCGAUGCUCGAAACACUCACCAUCGACUCUGAGCUUCCCAUUGAAGAUGAGGCGGCCAAAUCAGGUUUCAAAAUUGUCCUGGAGUGCUGCGCCUCACUGAUCGAACUGAAGCUGAGAUCUAGCAAUCGAUAUCUCCUGUUCGACCUCAUAAAAGGCAAGAUCAACCUUUUCCCGCGGCUCAGAAAGGUGAUUCUGGACAGCCAGAAGCAUACGAUAGUCAUUGACGUUUCUCAAGGCAAGGUCGGCUCCACCAGAAUGACGAUUACCCGGCUCAAGAACCUUUUAUUGGACGACAGGAAGUUCCUUGAACAACGCGACCUUACAAGACUGCACCUGAUUCACACACCACAAGAGUCAGAGGAUGAUUUACUGAAGAGUAUCCUACACCAGAGUCCGCAUCUUUCCGAGGUCCACAUCGGAUGUCAUCCCGGGCGGACUCUUGCCAUCAUCGACUUGAUCACCUCGACAAGAAAAGCCAUUAUCAAGACGAACGGCUCGAGUACGCUGAGCAGACUGGAACUGUCCGAGGAUACUGAUUUCAAGGACAAGGACAUUGCCCACAUAACGCUCACCUUCCUCAACGGCUCCGAUGCGCCCAAUAUAACCACCAAUAUCACUAUGCGUGCAACUGAGCCAGUGGCCAAGUCCAGCAAUCUCUGGGAGGUGUUCCGCAAAUACGGCUCGUCCAUCCAGCGACUGGAAACAAAUCAAUCGUUUAGUGACGCUCUUGUCGAGCUACUAGACAGCAUGGACAAGAGUACGGUCCCGCGUCUCACGUCGCUGACGCUAGACCCAACGAUGUUGACAAAUGAAGGGCUUGAGCGCAUGUGCAAUGUCAUCGAUCACCCAAUGCCUCCAAAGACAGGAUCUCAGCAAUAUCUUGGUUUUUACCUCCAUCUUCAGGGAGAUGAUCUGUAUCAUCAAAAGAUGAUGCGCCUGCUUUCUAGGUAUCAGGAAAAAUUGUGCUCGUUGACAGUACACAAUGGUCUGACUGAUUCAGGAACCACCGAAAGCCCAAUAGUGCACUCUUCAGGACGCUACUUUCCAGAGCUCGGCAUAUUCAAAGUGACCAGCUCUUGCAAAUCGAAAACGCUUUCAAGUAAUUACGUCGCUUGGAUUACCAAAAUGGUUUCAGCCCCACCUCAACAGGACCCUGCACUCAUGGCGUGGAAAUCACUGACUGUUAUCCAUCUUGACCACCUCGCUCUUAAACCCUUGGAUUGGAAGGCUGUGAUCAACUCUAUCGAUUUCUCUGCUUUGGAGACACUGAGUUUUAACGGAUCCAACUUUUCUUUGGAUCAGCUCAGGAUCCUAGUCGACAGGGUUACCAACAACAACAAUAGCACUAUUAUACUGAAGAUGCUAGAUCUCAGGGGCACGGAGCUCGCCAAGCUCAGGGAUUCGGAUACGCUGUGGCAGCUGAUAGGAGCCUUUGAGAAGAAGGCAUUGGAUAUGGCGAUUGAAGGCUUAUGAUACCACCAUCUUUGAGUGAGCGAAUAAAAAUAAAAAUAAAAAAGAACUGUCGUUAUAAGAAAAA